AUGAUAGGCAGUCACCUUGGAGCCCUUCGAUCUCGUCCGGAUCAACUGGGACUUUCUCGAUUCUUCGGAAACUUUAGCGCUGGAUUUGCGCUUUCAUCUAGACCGCCAACUACCCUUCUUGAAAAAGUCACAUACGUUCAGAAGGCGGACAAACGGCGUCAGAAAUUGAAAAAAAUCCGAACCGGUUUCAAACGCUUUAUCGCAUUUAUCUUCUCGCAGAUCGGUUUGUCGGUGUUAGUAGUGGGCUACACUGUUCUUGGUGGACUAAUAUUUCGGGCAGUUGAACUGGAGCACGAAAAGAUCGUUAAACUCAAGGGAAAGGAAAUGCGAGACGGUUUGGCCGAUAAGUUUUCCUCGGAAAUUCUUCGUCAGCUCCGGUAUCAUCUCUUGGCAUACGAUACUCAGACCCAUUCGUAUUACAAACUUCCCAAACGUGGAACUUCACCUGCACCUAACGAGACAGAAUUACAGUCUACAGAAGCUAAAGUUACCUUAAAUGGCUUAAGGUCUCCAUCUAGCACAUCUUAUCAUCGAGUCCGUCGAUCAUGCCAAAAAUCGCAGUUCGAGCGAACUAGACGUUGGCUCUCUGUUAUUGACUAUACACUUCGACGAAAAAUGCGCCAAGAGCUUCACGGCAGCUUGCGAAAGUUAAUUAAGCUCAUGGAACAAGAGGGCUGGAAUGGUGAAGAUUCUCCGGAUGAUCUUAAGUGGUCGUGGGAAGGAUCCAUUUUAUUUGCAGUUACAGUCAUAACGACUAUAGGAUAUGGCCACGCUGUGCCGAAAACAAAUAUUGGAAAACUACUGACAAUUGGUUACGCGCUGAUUGGCAUACCACUAGUUUUCCUCUAUCUGACGAACAUCGGUGACUACUUGGCCACCCUUUUUCGGACUCUGUAUGCAAAGAUAUGCCGAAGGUGCUGUGAAGGCAAUUGUAUGAAAAGUAGCCAACUCAAACAUUCAGCCACGCCACUGGUUAUCUGGAACGCGCAAUCGGCCGAUCUGGAGGACGAAGAGAAAUGCGAUCACAAAAAGCCUGACCCUCUGUUGAGAUCGAACUUGCGGGUACUAAAUCGAAUAGGAGCAGCACAGGUGCAUGCCGAGAAGAAAAAAGGAUGCAACGCGGACAAGAUUAACUGCCCUACCUUGGUUGCAGAUGGCAGCAUAUACCGUGAAGUCAUAAAAGACCGUAUCAGCAAAGAAGAUGCCGUUUCAGAGCAGAAUCCAAACACGGAGGUUAUUUUUAUUCGGGCUUAUUUGAUCCCUUUAAUGAUUUUAUCCCAAAAAUAA